UGGCAGAAAACAUCCAAAAAUAUCACGAAGAAUUUCUAUAUUUACUAUAAAAAUAACAGUUGACCCUCCACGGUUUAUACACAAUGACUACUGCACAUUUUUUUACGUUUUAUUUUCGCUGGCUCAUUCAAGUAAAAAUAACUUAUGACGCAUUCAGCUUUCGUGUACAUGUUCAUAUAGCAAAAUGGCCUUUAAUUGUAAUAUUCCACUAAUUUUAAACGUUUAAAUAAUGACCUACGCUAUUGAGGUUAAAAUUGUAUUACAUGCGUCAGCUGAUUCUCAGUUGCUCUGCGCGUGGGAUCGGGUGUGACGCUAGGUUCCCUCGGCUCAGUAACUGUACGUUUCCUCUGGUUUAUUCAUUUAUUACGUGUUAAGGUGGCUGAAUAAACCGCCAUUAAAGAGAUGGAGCUCAAAGGAGUUGCAGCCGACUGUGAGUGCGUGCACAUAUUCAACUUCAAAGUGGCCGGGGCGUUCACACCUCUCGCGUGGCCGCAGGCCUCCACGUGCGCAAGGCGUAAAGAGGCGUGUGCUUUCACACGCAUUACAAACAUCGCGCGUGCCUAGUGUCAAAGAUUACCAUUUGAAUCCACAGAUUUGUUUUAAAACGACUCUUUCAGAUACUGAUGGUAGCCUAGAUAUGGAAAAAAACGAAUGUGUGUGAAUAAGAAAAUGGGGUAAUCUGUCAUUUUUGAAAAAUAUCUUUAUUAGCUUUGUAGACAGGAUAAUCUUAUUUUCUUUUCAAUUAAUUGUACUCGUAUAACCCAGUGGGGCGUAGUGUGACAUUUAAAAAAAAUAUUAUUUUUAAUUCGAACAUGUUUUAUUCAACAGAAAGGGCAUCAAGUAAGCUGAUCAGAAUUAUCAACAAAGACUGGGUUGGCAAACGCUGUGAUAAUUGUAAGCUUCUCACGAGCCGGGUGUGAUUGGUUUUAUUGCCACAAUAGGAUGCGUUUAUUGGCGUUAUUAGAAGUGAAUUCGGAGUUGGUUCUUGAAGGCGGGGCGCCAGGCCAGCUGGGUGGAGCCACUAAGAAUAAUGUCUUAUAAGGAAACGAUAAAAAACGACACACUGCUCAAACUCCACACAGACUAACAGGAUCUUAACAUUGACGGGCAGGAUAGCAGUCGAUCGGAUACCGAACUCUGUUCCUCUUGGUGAUCAGGAAAAAGACGCAGCAAUGGAGGUGAUAAUGAAGUCAAGUGGAGCCAACCUGAAGGUGGAUUUAAAAACAACAAGAAAGCUCCUCAAACCGCAGGUGGAGAAGCGUCGGAGGGAGAGAAUGAACCGCAGUCUGGAGAGCCUGAGAGCGCUGCUGCUGCAGGGGUCCCAGCACCAGGCGCUGGCGAGUCGCAGAGUGGAGAAAGCAGAGGUGCUGGAGCACACGGUGCUCUUCCUGCAGAGCGCUGCCCACAGAGGGGCAGCUGAAGGCAGCCAGCAGCAGGACUUCCAGGACGGGUUCUCCACCUGCCUGCAGCGAGCAGCACGCUUCCUGCGGGACAGCAGGGCGGGGCGGCAGGGGGAGGGGGCGCUGAGCGUCACCCUGUCCCGUCACCUGACGCACCUCGGCCCGCUCCCCAGAGCUCCCAUCAGCCCCCACUCUGCCCACACGCAGCCCAAGGGGCAGAGCGCCCAGCUGGGGGGGCAGAACUGGCACUGCAGCCAGCAGCAUGGAGCUGCCCUCAGGAACAGCCCCUCCCACCAGCUCAGAGCGGCCCUGGCACACAGACACCCCAACCUGCCCCAGCCCCCCCACAGAGAGGCUCUGUCAGCCCCCACAAACAGCCAGUCACCAUGGAGACCCUGGCCCUGAAACCAGCUUCAAGAUAGACACUGCCUUCCGAUUGGACUGAGACACUGAAGGAAAGAUUUAUAUAUUUUAUGAAGAUUUGUACGUUUAUGAGAUGUAUAGCAUUUAUAAUUUCUGUUGUAUAUCGUAAUGUAACAGCCAAUUAUAGCUCUUAUUGCCAAACAGACCCUGAUCUGUACCCUGGUGCUGGUUUGAAGCAUCAUUACACAGUAGCUCACGUGAUUGUGUAUAAUUCACAUCAGAGACUGCUUGUGAAUAUUUAAAGAGGAAAUUGUUAUAUAUUUGAACUUUAUUUUCUAAAAGAUGUUUAAGUCUUUGUAAAUAAUCCGUUGUGUAUAUAUGAAAUAAUAGUAUUUAUCAUAUGACUCCGUUUCUGAAUGAAAACUUGUAUAUCUAUAUAUUUGGAGGUUGAAAUAAAAAAAGAACUAUCAAAAUG